AUGGAAGAAGAUUGGGGUGAAAUUUUCAGAGAUAUUCGAGUAAUGGAAGAUGCACAAAAGAUGGAUGAAAAAGAAUAUGAUAUUGGACAAGCUAAUGAAGAUUACAUUGUUAAUUUGGUUACAGCUGAAAAUGAAAUUGUGAAUGCUGGACUCAACAGUCGACUUCCUUCAAGAAUUAUGCACCAUGCAUGGCUUCUACAAGUUCGCAAUACUGCAAUCAGCAACAUUGUUAGAGUAGGAGGACCUUUAGGAGUCGGACAAAUCAUUGUCUACACAGCAAUGGUUUAUGUUGAUAGGUUUCUUUCACUUAUGCCGAUACAAAAGGGAAGAUUCUUGGUAGCAAAGCUACUGUCAGUGGCAUGUUUACUUUUGGCUAAUGAGGAAGACCGUUAUACAGAUGAUGACGAAGAAGAAUUAUCACGUUAUGAGGAAUUUGCAAAUUGUAAUAUGAGAAGCAUAAUGAAUAUGGCUAAUAGUGUUCUUGAACAAUUUGAAGGGAAUAUGACUUGUGUUACUCCUAUUGAGUUCACAAGAUAUUUUCUAUCGAAAUUCUGCAAAGAAAAUUCAAGAAAAGAUUAUGUCAAAAUCAAAACUGUGGAAGUCAUCAUGAGUACACUUGGAGUCAAAAAUGCUUGA